CGACAACGCAAUACAACGCAGAAACCGACGCAAAAUGAAUAUGUAUAGCUUUCAACAGGCAGUCCUGUUUUUAGCAAGUGGAGCAUCAAACAUCAUCCCCUUCAAUAAUCAAGGGAAGUUGGAUAGUCAGCUUGUCGGAUAAACAUAUAUCCGUUGUCACUGAUGACUAAACGCUCGCCACCCCAGCUGGUUGUUAUCUCGAGAUAUUCACAUGUAUUUAUUUUGAUAUACCGAAACAUUCCUUCUUAUCUACUCAUAUAAAGAGAGCCAAGGAUAGAGAAUAAUAAAGAGGUAGAAGAAGCAGAAAUUAACUAGCCCACCAUGCCUCGCGCCGAAGUAGGCAGCACGAAAUACCUCAGUAACAAGCUGAAAUCCAAAGGCCUCCAGCGCCUACGAUGGUACUGCCAGGUCUGCGAGCGACAAAUGCGCGACGAGAACGGCUUCAAAUGCCACACGCAGUCAGAAUCACAUGUGCGCCAGAUGCUGCUGGUCGGCGAAGACCCGCGCAAAUACAUCCAGCAAUAUUCCAACGACUUCCUCUCCGAUUUCCUCAAGCAGCUCCGCACCAGCCAUGGAGAGAAGUCCAUCAACAUCAACCACUUCUACCAAGAAUACAUCGCCAACAAAGAACACAUACACAUGAAUGCCACGCGCUGGCCGAGUCUGACGGAGUUUGCGAAAUAUCUGGGGCGGGAGGGGAUUUGUCGGGUUGAGGAGGGGGAGAAGGGGAUAUUUAUUUCGUGGAUUGAUAAUAGCCCUGAGGCGCUUAGGAGGCAGGAUGCGUUGAGGAAGAGGGAGAUGCAGGAUCGCGGCGACGAGGAGAGGGAGCGGAAGAUGAUUGAGGAGCAGGUGCGGAGGGCGCAGAGGGAUCGAGAACUCGCGGGGAGGGGAUCGGCUGAGAAAGAUGAUGCCGAAGCGGCCGCCCCAAAGGAGUUGCAGCGGACUGAAGGGGAGAAGAUUAAAUUGAACUUUGCACCUUCGAAGGGAACUGCUACUCCUAUAUCCGCGUCUGCGUCUGCGUCUGCAUCUCCAGCUCCGCCAAAUACGACAUCACAGGAUAGAAAUAGCCAACAACCCACGACGAAAAGCUUAUCUCCAUUAGAUUCAACAGCUACAACACCCGCACAACCGACCCUACCAGCAACAACAGCAACAGCAACAACCACUCAAUCCGACAAACCAUCAACAUCACUAAAACUCAGCGCAGCCACCUCAAAACCCAAAAACGUCUUCGCCGCCGCGUCUAAGAAGAAUGCCCUCACAGGCGCUGCAAAGAAGAAAAAGGUAGAAGCUCCACCUAGACCGCUCACCGCCACAGAGCGCAUCAUGAAGGAAGAUAUGGAGCGUAAGCGCGCUAGGGAAGAGAGGUCGAAGGAGUUUGGUAAUGGUGGGUUCAAUUUUAAGAAGCAGAAGAUUGCAUGACUCUUCUGCUUUUUCUAGAAUCUUUUUCAUUAACAAGUCCUGGAUUGAAAAGGGUUUCUCUGGCUCUUUUUCUUCUGUUUUUGCUUCUUGCAGAUGAAGCACUGAGUUCGGCGCGGGAGCUGGCAUUUUUGGCGUUUUGGGGGGAUUUUUUUUGCCAUUAUCACCGGCAUCUAAAUAAGGAUAUAGACAGGGGGAAAUUCUUUUUAAUUCAUCUUAGGAUGUAAGGACUCUUACAUUAAUAUAGAUAUGAAUGCAAAAUGUAUUGCUACAGGCAUUAUGUAUGAUAUAUACAACGAGAAAAGAGCAGCAAGAAUCAAUACUAUGUACAAUAUUUAUUUUUUGUUAAUGAACUCUAGAACAUAAAUAGACAGCAAAAGGAUAGCUCAAGGUAAGCAACAAAGAAAAUGAAAAAUAAAAACCAGAAAAACUUGUGCUUUCAUCUAAAUUCC